AUGCGUUGCAGCCUCGUCAUUGCCCUUCCAAUCGCCCUGCUCAGCUCUGUCUCUGCGGAGUUCUUCCUGCGAAGAGGCUUGGACAGUCUUCCAAUAGUCGGCGGCUUGUUGGGUGGCUCACCGAAGAGCGGGGACGGCGACAAGAACAGUUGCGCCGACCAGCAGUCGCUUCUGGCAAACGUGAACGUCCUGAGUUCGGUUCAUUGCUCCAGUGGGGCCGGCGGGCCCGACCUGAUGGCCUGCGGACAAUCAGGCAAUAGCUACCAUGACGGAGCGUACCACACCUCCGCCGAUUGUGCUAACAAUUAGAGCCUUUGCACUCCUGCUAAGAAAACGGAUCGACUUGAGCAAUCCGAGGUUCCCCAGCUCUUUCCACCCGGCCAAAAUUUUUCCUUUCUUCCGUUUAUCUCACAUUUGUUUC